AUCGCAAUCUUGGAAACUGAUCCAACGGCUGCUACUUGAGAACGCCUCCCUUCAUGACAAUACCAGUCUCUGGUCAUUGAAGUGCUCCUCCUCCAUCAGUAUCGACAAGUAGCUUUGAUCAAUCCUUACUGCAAUUUCUGCUACUACCUACCGGUUGGCCUGAUUUUUGGUACUUAAGUCUGUUUGGGCUUGGGUUGUGUUCGUGGAAAGUCACAAACAAGAAGGCAGCCAUGGAUGUUGAUUCACAGCCAUCUAUGGAGGAAACUAUUAUGGUCGGCGAUGACCUGAUGACAGGCCCACCAUCACCAGUUAUUCCACCAGAAAUUGCUUCUCAUGUGCUUGAAGGUGUUGACUUGUGCGACGGGGUUUUGAGGAAUCUAUUUUUGUGCCUGCAAAUCAAUGAUAUUGAGCCCUUCUGUCAAGAUGAGCUUGUUAUGUAUAAACAGUGCACUGAAAAAAGGGAUAGGGAACUAAGAAAACGACUUCAGGACAGUGAGCGCAAACUAGGGUUAUCAAUGCCUUUAAAUGAAGCAAAGGAAAGAGCUUCUCAACUCGAAAAAGAGGUCACAUCAUUAGAUAGGCGUUUGAUUCUUGCUAGUGGACUUGAAGGCAUAGACGGAUUUCGCCAGAGAUGGAGUUUGCAUGGUCGCCUUACAGAUACCAAGAAAAGGUUGGAGUCCUUGAAGCAGGGAAUGGAGAGCAGGAAAAAGGACUAAGCCAGCGAGUAGCGGGGCAUAUUACUACAGUAAUAUGGUUCUCCCGGUCAAGUUUCAUGUUGCGUUUGUGGAAAUCGACCUGUCGGUAUGCCUAAUGUGGGUGUGUCUAAUAUUUUAAUGUACUUAGAAAAAACCACAAUGAAGAAGUGAAUGGCCAGCGGCCGAGCGUAGAUUAGCGAACGUCUUGAAUUUAACUGGAAAUUAGUUGUUAGCCCGUGACCCAUGAAAUACAUUGGUCAUAUGGAGAAGUUUUUCAAUGUCCGGUAUUUAAGCUGGUACUCCGUGUCAUAAAAUAAGGGAAGAAACUUAAAAAUAUAUUAUUUCCUCCACUUGUUCUAUGACGUGGAGUACCCCUUGAAAUCUCUUAGCCAUAUAAUAAAGUUAGGCUUAACGUGGAGAUAUAUAUAUAUAUAUAUAUAUAUAUAUAUAUAUAUAUAUAUAUAUAUCUAUCUCUAUGUGUGUAAUAAAAUAAUAAUAUUUCAAAUCUUGUGUUUGUUCAAAUAAAAAUUUACAGACUUUGAGUUUUUGUCUAAAUACAAUAACUCAUUGAGCUGAGCGGCUGAACCGAACAUUUGUAAGAUUUGAUUGUUUUAUAUAAUUUUGUCAAACAA